ACCAUUACUCUUCAUCAUUUCAUUCAUCACUACUUUCACUUCUUCACUCUCUUCCUCAUCUACUAUUUUACCCACAACACUAGAAUAUCAUCAAACUCUUUGAAAGAAAAAUGGGUUCGAUCCAGAACGUAGACGAAGAUAUACAAGCGUGUCGAUACGCUAUGGAAUUAGCCAGUGCAUCAGUACCAGUAAUGGUGCUUAAAACAGCCAUAGAGCUAGACAUUCUUGAAAUCAUCAAGAAAGCCGGUCCUGGUGCGCAGAUCAGUGUUAGUGAAAUUGUAUCUCAAAUCCAGAAUCUCAAGAACCCGGAUGCGCCUGUUAUGCUGGAUCGUAUGCUUAGAUUGUUAGCCAGUUAUAACAUCCUCACUUGUGGUCUUAAAGAUGGGGAGAACGAUGAUAAAGUUGAAAGACUUUAUGGACUUGCUCCAGUCUGUAAAUUCUUGACUAAGAAUGAAGCUGGUUGUUCAAUGUCUGCUUUGCUUCUUAUGAAUCAAGAUAAGGUCCUCAUGGAAAGCUGGUACCAUUUGAAAGAUGCAAUCCUGGAUGGAGGAAUUCCAUUUAACAAAGCUUAUGGAGUGCACGCAUUUGAAUACCAUGGAAAAGAUCUUAGGUUCAACAAGGUAUUUAACAAGGGAAUGUCUGACCAUACAACCAUCACCAUGAACAAAAUCCUUGAAACCUACAAGGGUUUCGAAGGUUUGAACUCCAUUGUCGAUGUUGGUGGAGGUGUUGGUGCAACCGUUAGUAUGAUCAUCUCCAAAUACCCCACAAUUCAAGGUAUUAACUUCGACUUACCUCACGUAAUCCUAGACGCUCCAUCAUUCUCAGGCAUCAAGCACGUCGGUGGUGACAUGUUUGCCAGUGUUCCAAAUGCAGAUGCAAUUUUCAUGAAAUGGAUUCUUCACGAUUGGAGUGAUGAACACAGUGUUAAAAUCUUGAAGAAUUGCUAUGAUGCAUUACCUAAAAAUGGGAAAGUCAUUAUUGUUGAAUGCAUUAUACCAGAAGUGCCAGACAGUAGCGUCUCAGGCCAUGGUGUAUUCCAUUUGGACAACAUUAUGUUGGCGCAUAACCCUGGUGGUAAAGAAAGAUCACUAAAACAAUUUGAAAACCUAGCUAAAGAUACUGGAUUCACUGAUUUCCAAGUGAUCUGUUCUGCUUAUGAUACUUACGUUAUGGAAUUCUACAAAAAUUAGGCUAAGAAAAGAAACAGAAAAGUUUGAGUUCCUUCAUUUUAAUUAUGUGUCAGUGUGAGAUAUCUUAAGAUUUAUCAAUAUGUGAUGAGCGUUUAUGUACUUUACCCCACUGUAAUACAAUCAAUAAAAACUGUUUUCGAGUUUCCUGAGA